AUCAAAGGAAGGACGAUUCGAGUGGACCACGUGGCCAACUAUCGGCCCCCCAAAGACUCCGAUGACUUAGAUGAUGUCACAAAAGCCCUCCAUGCAAAGGGUUGUGGAGUUAAAACGCCACCUCAUACGUCAUCCGAUUCCCUGUCGGAAGAUGACGACGUGCCCGUAAAAAAGCAGAAAGAUAAGGAGAAAAGUAGACAGGAGCGGCAAAAGCAGAGCUCGCAGGCUGCGAGGAGGGCGGUGUCCGCAGAGGAGGCGCACCCCAGAAUCAAGAUUAAGAAGGAGAAGGAGGACCCUGCCUACGAGCGCUACGCCAGCGGGAGCCAGCAGCCCUGGAAGGGCUCCGAGAGGAAGCCUGUGAGCAGGACGCAGCGAGAAGAGGAAGAGCGGAGGCACCAGAGGCCUUCGGAGAGAAGAGGGGAAAAGAGCUGCCAGGACCAGAGGGGACAGGGCGGUUUGUGGGAAGAGAGGGAGAAGAGAGAGGAGGCUGGCAGGAAGGGCGACGGGCACAGCAGCCGGCGAGAGGAGUGUCCCGAGGGAGGCAGAUCCCGGGAGCGCUGGGAGCGCGGUGCCAGGGAGCCCCAUCCCAGGCACAGGGAGCGGGGCUCCGCGAGAGGCUCCAGCCGCUGCUGAGCCACUGGGGUGAGCGCGCCGGGGGCCGAGGGAGGCCCCGAGCCUGCCCAAAAACCUGCUCAGAGCCUCCCCCCGCCUCUCGGGGUGGGGGGCACCGUGGCCGGACCAUUCGCCUCCAUCAGCUUCCACUUGGUUUCUCAUUCCGUCCUCGGACGGGGCUCUCCUCGCUGCCCGUGCCGCGGACCGGGCCGUGAGUUUUGUUGCCUCCUUCAGCCCUUCUUGCAGCGUUGGGCUCGCAGGUGUGUGGGGACGUUGCGCUGCGACAUGAAGGUGGUCGCUGGGAGCGGCGGGAUGCUCUCCUUCCCAAAAUUGCCCGGUUCCGUCGGUCCUGGUGAGGGUGUUCCCCUCUUGCGCUGCAGGGAGAGACCGGUCGGUGCCGCGUUGGCCUCGUGCGCCGGCUUUGGGUCCUGAGCCCACCCAGCACAUCUCCUGCCCUCCGCGAUGGAUCCCGAGAGAUGCGCUGCUGUCUCGGGGCGAUUUGCUGUUGUUCUGUUUCGUUUUGUUUUAAAUGCCUCUUAAUAAAAGCCACCUGUCAAGGGGAGGAUGGCCCCGGGGGCCGCCUCUGCCUCCUGGUAACCGCG